AUGUUCGAGCAUCAUUCAGAAAACUUUGGGCCGAUCCGCUACGACAAGGAUGAUAUCACGACAUUCAACUUCGAAGCCAUCUUCGAAUUGCUUCAACAACCGAGCAUCAGCAAUGAAGCCAUAUCGGAGAUCGAUUCCCUGACAACCCGCUGCUUCCGUCGAGCCGAUGAGAUACUCGACGCAUUCAAUGUCGACAUGAGCCAGAACCUAACGAUGUCCAUUGGACCCGACAUCUUUGUCGACGGCUACUCCUUGCAGGCAUGGACGGAUCUAUUCGUGGAGACGAUCGUCAUCGUAAAUAGUCUCGAUCAUGUCAAAGAAGCGCAGCAGCGCCAUGCGACUGUCGAUCCAUCUGCGCUGAAGCAUUCCCUCAUGGCUGCGGCAGUCGAGCUUGCGACCAAUGCGAUUCCAGGAAGACCUGCAACGCCACCGGUUUACAGCUCUGCUGACUUCGACUUCGACAGGAUCGUUUCGACACUGCUGCUCCACGACCAAAUUGGAAGUAAUAGACAACAGCAGCCCGUUGCCAGGUCAGGACUCGGGGCGUUACAAGGAGCGCAGCUCAUCGCGUGGACCGCACGAAAGGCUUCCGAGGACGGAGUGUCCUUCGCCAGCAGCCUUGUCCACGAACCAAGGACCGUCAUCGAUCUGACCAUGGACAGCAAUGGUGAAGAAGACGCGAUCGAGACUAAUGCAAUCGAACUUGCAGCUGGACGGAUCGCAGACGGCGCAAACGACGACGAUGAUGCCUUGGAGCGGCUGAUAAAUCGAGAUCUCCCCAGCGUCUUCACAGCAGAAGACCGCAACACCUACAUCAGCUCCUACCACAACCACGUGGUUGACGAUCAUCAAUACGACCACACCGUCGCGCACCCUGGCAGUGCUUCUCCGCUUUCGGACCAGCAGCUUCUCUGGACAUCCGAUGAAUCAUCCAGUUCAGCAACGUCAGCCUCGACAGCGAAUCGCAGGCCUGCCUUUAUGCCUCAAGAGCGAGAGAGAAUCUGGUAUCGUCACGGGGUUCCCUGCGAGUACUGCCGAUUCUUGGGAGUGGAGUGUCUUCCUCCGGACUUUGACUCUCGCUUUGUCUUGUGCAGAAGGUGCGAUGAUGACGGCAUCAUCAAUCCAGAGUGCAAUCGGAAGUUCUGGCUUCAGGCCGGACGAGUCAGAAAGUGGGCAGCCGCCGUGCACGAGGGCAAGUCAGAGCUGGAAGCCGACUGGGUCGCGUACGGCCACAAUCAAGACUACUUUGGAGUGGCAAAGUUCGACAAGAUCACCGAUUACUCUGCUGUGAUGCCCAACGAGGCUUCUUCUUCGACCCUUGCUUCAAUGCGUUAG